AUGGUUGAGUUUCCUGCUAAUACCAACACACAAGCCAGGAACCAUGUCACACAGGGACAGGACUCAAUAGUAAUGAACACAGUUAUCGGGAUGGCAUCUGAAACUCGUCUUCAUUUGGAGGUUGAAGAGAUAAACAAACGGAACUAUGUCACUCACACCAGUUUAACAAGCGCUCGGAACGCAGAUCUGCUGCAAUUUCAGGAGACCUCUGAAGACAGCUCCUGCAGCAAGUACAGAAAAUAUGGGUGUCGCAUGGGUGGAGUCAAAGUUCGCCACAAGAGACAGGUGCUGCAGGACAUGGCCCGACCACUCAAACAUUGGCUGUACAAACACCGGGACAAUCCCUACCCUACUAAGACUGAAAAGGUUCUGUUGGCCCUGGGCUCCCAUAUGACUCUGGUGCAGGUGUCCAACUGGUUUGCAAACGCCCGACGCAGACUGAAGAACACAGUGAGGCAACCAGACUUGAGCUGGGCCUUAAGGAUCAAACUGUACAAUAAAUACAUCCAGGGAAAUGCAGAAAGACUGAGUGUUUGCAGCAAUGACACUGACUCAGAUGAUAUGGGAACUUCCUCAUCACAUAUAUAUGGGAUAAAGAACCAGGGUGGAGUUCUCACCAUGGCUGACCCCGCCAACAGCGACGACGGCACCUCACCUCCUUCAAAGUACAAGAGCAGCUUGUUGAAUCGUUACUUGAACGACACCCUGCGGCACAUGAUGGCAAGCAAGGCAGAUGGUGUUGCCCUGAAGAGGAGGAGCCACUCCGAAUCGUUUAGUUCAAACGACGGUGAAAGGGAUGCUGUGUCCCCGGCGUCUUCCUAUGACACGGAGACAAACUUCAUUUAUCAAAAGGAGAAUUUGGACUACACAUCAUCUAAAUGUGACAGCGGUCAGCCUCAAGAAAGAGAUCAGCAGAGUCAAAACAACCAAGACUGGCGGGAAAUCAAUGCUGCCGUAGCCUUGACAAGUUUGGCCCACGGACAGAGCUGUAAAAGCAAGAGAACGCCGCUCAGCACAGCCGCUGGGCUCAGCUGCUACAGAGCAUCCCCGUCUAUCACGAGAAGGAAGACGUCCAUCACGGUGGCAACCUUGGCGCCGAGGCAGAGCAGCACUGAGCGGUCUGCUCUCACCAGCCGCAUCAUUCAGAGGUCAUCCCACAUCUCUGAGGUGCAGACUAUCAAAGUGGGACUAGCUAACAAUGUUUAA